AUGUUACUUACUAUUAAACUUAUUUCUAUCAUUGAUAUUUGUACAUCAAGAAAAUUCCAUAACGAUGUAUCGUUAGGAAUGAAGGAAUCUUCUGGGUUUCAUUAUGUUGAUCGUGAUCGUUUACUCUUGGCUGUUCAAAUAGCAAAACGAGAUAUUAGAUGUUUAUCAUCUAACAAACUUGAAGACGAUGAAUUCUUUAGUGGAUCAGCUCAAAAUUCCAAUAACAUUUCACUUUUGGCUCCUGUUGAUAGUUGUGUUGCCCAAAAACCAACUCAAGUUUUCAGAAAUAAUGAUCAGAAGUACAAAUCCGUUUUGAGUAAACCUAGAAUACCUCCGUCAAUAAAUGACUUCCAUCAGACUCCGCGUAAGCUAUCGACUAACAUACAAUAUCGAACAUUUGAUGAUGACAAAGCUCCAGCUUGUAGUGAUUCUCCUCCAAUAAGAGAUACAGAUGUCUGGAUUCCAAGUCGUAAACGUGCUCUUCAUGAACCAACUGAAAGGCAACUUAGAAAUUCGCAAGAAUCUAGAAUACGCCAGCUGCAAGUUAAAUUUUCUCAAUAUUUAGCUGAAUUAGAAGAACUUCAAGGAAAGUGUUUAACAAAUAAAGUUCAAUCCAAAGAAUUAGAAUCAACGUCUAAAAUACAGAAAAAGUCACUUCUAAAACUUCCUGUAAAUCAUUCAAAAUCAGUAAUAUCAUCCAUUGUACGUCCCAAAUCAGCAGCUACACGUUCCCGCUUAAUUCGUAAACCAAAUAGACAAAAGUCUGGUAAAAUAAUAAAAUCUCGUUCAUUUAAUGAUGUCAACGCAACGCCUGACAAUUGUUCAAGGUUUCCAACUUCUAUUUCAACCAACCAUUAUGAUUCAAAAGUAUCUUCAGUUUGGCAACAAGCUAUUGAUACAUUGAAUUUAGACAGAUCUAGUACUGUUACUCACCAAUCUGCGGAAUAUUUAAAGAAUCAGAGUCCAAUGAAAUGCUUGCAUGAAAUUACUAAUGGUCAACACAUUCAGAAUUCAGCUAACCAGCUUACUACCAAUAUGAUCAAAUCAAAUCUUGAUGAUUGUCGCAUACUUUGUUCUGCUGCUAAACAACUUUUAAAACAAAUUGAUGAAGCUGAAUUAGAAGAGAAUAUUAUUCGACGUCGGUGGGCUGCUAAUAAACUGAUCUAUAUAAAUGAUGACAGAACAAUGUUGAAUAAUUUUUCUCUCACCAAGAAGAGUGAUACAAUAUGCCAAAAUAAUAAAGCAGAUGCAUUUGUAUUACCAAAUGAUAAAUCGCCAUUACAACAAGAUGACAGGUCAACUAUCCAUCCUGAUAUUUCAAAUUUUCAAUUUUCGGAGAAUGAAGCAUACUCAAAGAUAAAAGCAGAUUGUAAUCCUGUCAAUAAGAAAUCUAGUCCUCUUGCACAUUAUCAUCCACUUAUUCUACCGGUUAAAUUACAUCGUCAAUUAUUGCAAUCGAAAAUCAAGCGAGAUGCACAUUCUAAAAACAUUUGGUUUUAUUUAGUUCCUAAUACAACUUUUGACAAUUUACCAGAUAUUCCUGUUAUCCAUGUUUGUGAAGACCUUACCAAUGAUUUAAUUCAAGAAUCAGUUGAUGAACUAUAUCAGACUAUCGAUCGUGCAGCUUCUGAAUUAGUCGAUGAAUUAAUUAAAGCGGAACUUUUCCCAGAAGCACCCGAUAUAACUUUAUCCUUUGAAAAAUGUGAUGACUAUGCACGUGGUUUAUCCACACCUGCAUUGUUUCGUCAGUCAGAUUUAGUGGUUCAUGAAUUCGAUGCUCCUGUAGUAUCUAGGAACUGUAAUGAAAGCCAGACGAUUUCUGAUGUUACAUCUGUACUUGAGCUUGAACACGAAUCUAUCAUCUCUAAUGACGUGUCAGUAGAUAGGCUGUCGAAUUUUGAACACGGUAGUGAGAGCGAAGACAUCAACGAUGAAUAUACUUCGGUAUUCGAAGAUGAUACUGUUUCAUGAUGAUAAAGUUUUCAAACGAUUGGAGCAAUUUUAAAAUACGCUCCCCAAUAAUUGUAUUUCUUAUUAUUUAAAAAUAUAUACAAUUCUUUCUUUUUUAUGCUGAUAAGUAUAUUUCCCUUUUGUAUCCA